AUGUCAUCGGCUAAACGAAACCAUACAUACCAGCAAGACCCAUACCGUAUCAAAGCCAACGGUGCAGUGGUCAUCAAUCGAUCCAAUAAUCUUGAUAACGACGACCUGUUACUCGGCAGCACAUCGGCGACUUUAUCCUCACAUAUCUCAACCGCAUCCUCAUUUGACGCAAGUACAUUCAUAUCACAGCCAAUCGUAACAGAUAUUGGCAUGCUUGACCAACUACCACAGCAACGACAAAAUGAUGCUGGUGACGAUGAAACGACGAAAGAUAAUAAUGGCGGCGGAGGUGCCGUCGAAGGUGGUACAAUACCAUCAUCCACCUUUAUAGAGCCGGUUGUUCAGCAACCCAAAAUGAGGAUGGAGAGUAACAGUAGCCGGUCUACUUUUCCGUCUCAUGAUACUACUCGGUUUUCCAUUGACAGCAUUUCACUACGUUCUAUGGAAUCCUGGUCGUCUUCUGUGGAUAACCAUCUGCCGGAAGAAGGUUAUCCAUCAUGCGAACCGGAACAACAUCACGUAACUGCGCUGAGCCCGCCACCGAGGGAUCCAGGGAAAAAGUGGCACAGAGGUCGGACCUAUAGUAACGACGGAGAUGAUGCUUGUGAAGCAUUAACGGCUCUCAAUUCUGACCAUCACGCCAUCACCUCCGACAUCACUUCUUCACACCAAGAGCAACAAGGACACUGUCAAGAUCAUCACCACUAUCACCAGAAGGACUCGUUGAACAAAUGGCGUCACAUGUUUGAGCUCGCAGACCAAGAAAAUGCACGAUUACGGCAACAGAUUCAAACACAACAGAACGAGCACAUCGCGGGCAUGUGUCUCAAAAACGAAGCACUCGCCGACGCGCGACGAGAAAACAAGUAUCUGCGCGGUGCACUUUCGCGUAUUCAAUUGUUGAGCAACACUGAUGCUGCAUAUAACAAAGAGAAACGGCGGCGUCAGUCAACUGGUGAGAUCGCUAUGGUACUUCCAGCGCCAUCUGAUGUCGAUGGAAGCGACAGCAGCAUAGAGGAAGUAGCACGAGGAGACACGCGAGAGCUUUCCAUGACUUUAUCCAAGCGCGGCUUCCAUGGAUCAGUAGCCUUGUCAUACGAGCGCAAAAUAAGGAUACUGCUGGAUGAAAUUGAAGGCAUGCAAGCUGAGGAAGAAACCAUGCAUAUGAGACGAAGCAAGCUUGCAAUUAAAAACUCCCUGCUGGAACAACAACUGCUGGCCCGUGAAGAAUACAUCAAACAGCUAAAGCAUGAUCUUCGUAUAAUGCGACUGCAAUGUCAAUAA